CCGAUUCGGGAGCCGAUCGAGCCUGCUCUAUGUGAAGGGGCUCUGUUUCGGACUCGCGCACUCUCACAUGCCCCCCCGUAGCCGAAGAACGCGGUCAUUCGAACCAUCGAGGAUCCGGUCGCGGUGUAUCGCGUAAGCUGGUUUGAUCUCAAGUCGUUUGUCUUUCACCGCUCGCCCAAAACAGUGUCUUUUCGUGGCAAAAGCGGCACAAAACGCCACCCCCGGACGCGAUGAGGGUGCUCAUUUUUGUCCUGCUGGUCGGUUUGGUGGCCUUCCAUGUCGAGGCAAAGCGCAAAAGGAAAUUCGAGGGCGACUUUGAGUUCGAUGAAGAGGACGAGUCAAAGGCUGGGAAAUCAGCAGAAAAGAAGCAUUGGAUACACGAUCCAUCGAGUGAUUUAUGCCGUCCAUUGAACUGCAAGAAGAAGGAGAUUUGCCUGCUGGAGGACUCCUUUACUGCCGUGUGCGUGUCGCGCAAAGAACUGAAGAAGAAUGGGGAUGUAGUGGUGCCAAAGGCUGGCGCCAAACCUGAAGACCCAACUUCGAAGAACGAUGACGAAGAAGACGUGUUUUACGACAGCGAAGAUGAUGCAGAUGAUGAAGCCAAUGACGACGCGAGCGAUUCCAACGAAUGCCGUCCAUGCCCAGUGGUGAAGCCAAUUUUCCUAUGCGGUUCGGACAAUCGCACCUACAGCUCCCUGUGCCGUAUGGACUACCACAAUUGCAUCCACCACAGCACCGUUAAAGUGUCCUGCAAAGGGUUCUGUCCGUGCAAAGCAGAACCGGAGAUCAAGCUGAGGAAAAAGCAGAGGCAGUCUGAGCGCCUGAACAACUUUAUCAGCAAAUAUCGGGCCACUCUGGAUAAGUCUGGGACAGGCGGCUCGAUCAGCAGCUCUAACCCAGAGAAACCGUCCAAGAAGGACGUGGUUUACUCAUUUGUUCCACAGGACAUCAAGUACGACAACAAACACUACAAGUACAUCAAGUACACGCAGUUCAACAAGGACAACAUGCUCUAUGGAGAGGACAAAGACAAACUGAGAGGCUACAACGAGGUGACCGAUGAGAAGGCCUUCAGUAACGCGAUCAACGGCCUGGAUCCAGCCACAUCCAGUCCCAAACAAUGUCCCGCCACUGCGUUGCAAGCAAUGGGCAACCGUCUUCUGGAUUGGUUCUCAGUUGUGAUGGCCGAUUCGUCCAAAAGACGACGACCCAGAAGCAAAUCCAGGGUUCGUUUCACACCGAGCUGCAGGAGCGAGGUGAGAUGGAUGUUCCAGCACUUGGAUGAAAACGCCGACUCCAAGCUAUCUGUGCAAGAGCUCUACGAUCUGGAGCACGACAAGGGCGAAGGUUGCUUGAAAUCCUACUUGCAACAGUGCGAUCUGGACAAGGACUUGGUGAUCACCUCAAUCGAAUGGUGCAAGUGCUUUGCUAAAGCUGAUAGGUCCUGUGCGGCUCUUCGGCGCAUAAUCAUUUCGGAUGCAUUCGAUGUGUACGUUCCCGAAUGCGAUAACCUGGGUUUCUACAAGCCGAUUCAGUGCCAUGAAGCGAUUGGGAUGUGUUGGUGCGUGGAUAAACACGGAGUGGAGUUUGCCAACACUCGCACGCAUUCCAAGCCGAAUUGCAACACAAUAAUGACGACGAGCGCACCGCCUGCCAAGAAGCCGGAAUCACGACUUUCCAACAGUCUGGACGGUGGAAGCGACGAUGAGGACGACGACCAAGAGGUGGAGGGCAGUGCAGACCAUCCUACUGAAUAUUAAGCCCUAGUGGGGCUCUAGAAAAAAUCUUCAGCUGCGUCCAUAUUAAACAAGAAAAAAACAGUUACUUUCAACUAUAAGCCGGAACAUCGCUUGCAAGAAUCUAUCGACUGACUUACUAGAUCUAACACGAAGCCAAUCAAUCAACAAUACGCCAGGCCUAAUCAGAUCCAGACAAAUCUAGGCCUAUGUCCGAUAAAUCAGUAGGUCUCCGGCUGCCUCCCAUCCCCCUUUCUAUUACGCAAUUCUAUUAAAUAAUCUCAAUUCAAAAUAAUUAAUAAAUCGAUGUAAAUACAUUCCAUUAAGUAGUAGACCAUUGGAUCACACAGUCCAUCCCAGCCUCUGAACGCUUGGAUGGACAGUAGGACUGGAUAUAUCCGCCACCUCCUUGUAAUUUUGUACUUAUUUCGUUGCGUUAGGAAAGUGAUAAAAAACCGUUUACUUUCAUGCAAUAUUAAUUAGUUAAUCGGUAGGAUUUAGUUGUGUAGGGAGAGUAUUUUUAUGCAUCGUACGACGCCCUUACAUUAGAGAGUAUCUAAACGUGCUAAAGCUUUAAUGUUAUCGUGCCGUCUCUAUAUCUAUAGCGUUUUUAUUACAACAUUUCUAUCUAUGUAAGCGGAAACCAAUCAGCCCAUCAGUUGGUCGCUUUAGGGCUUCGCCCUUGGCUAAAUCCCGAAGGGUCAGAUCAUUUGCAUUUGUUUCCGUUGCGAAACUUGACGCCAUUUAAUCAGCAACAUUACUAGGGAAUAUAACGUUUAAGGAUGCAUUAGUUAUAAGCACAUACACCUCCAGACAAUGUAUUUAUUGUAUGUUUUUAACAAUAUUUAAUAAAGUUAGAAAUAAUAAUUUUAA